UACAAGUUCCAUUCAGUGAACAGUCUCUCGCUCAGCCAAAGUCUCCUCCUUUGAUGCAUUUCUAUGACCUUGGGAAGCAACUGGCUCCAUGGAAACUGAUCAGACAAAGCUUUCACACCCUUCAAUGAAUCAAAGAUGCUUUCCUUGGUUCUAACUUUCUUUCUGGUUGGGUAACCUUCCUUCCCCAUCUGCCCUGUCCGAUCACCUGUCACUAUGGUGACGGCAGAGCUGACGUUGUAAGAAGAAAAUGAUACUUCGCUUCGGUUUCGAAUUCUUCUUUUUCGCCUCACAAGGUCGAAGAGAGCGCUCUUUUUACCUCUCUGGUUGAGUACCUUCAAUCGAAUUCCCUGCCCGGUCACCUGUAUUCUUCGUUGAUUCGAGGUAAACUGCUUCUUAAUAGCCUAAUCCGCGUAUUCCUUCAAACUCGGCAAACUCUGAUCGUAGUUUCCGUAUAUAAGAUCUCAUAUGUAGCCAAGUUACACUCAUUUCGCAUGCCCAUCUUUCUCAACUUUUAGCAACGAUUCAACCCUCCCCAGAAAAAAAAAAAUGGAGAACGACGUUGCUGCAUCUACUCAACCGGAUCUGAGGCUGAAGUGGGACGUGUUCCUGAGCUUCCGAGGCGCAGACACGCGCAUACCCUUCAUCGACCCUCUCUACGACGCGCUCCGAAGCAAAGACAUCCGGGCCUUCCGGGACAACGAAGGCAUGAACCGGGGCGACCAGAUCUCGCCGACCCUGCUGACGGCGAUCGAGGACUCCGCCAUGGCGAUCGUGGUGUUAUCGCCGGACUACGCGACCUCGAGCUGGUGCUUGGAGGAGCUGGCGAAGAUAUGCGAGUGCGGGAAGCUGAUGAUCCCGGUGUUCUAUCGGGUCGAGCCCUCGGACGUGAGGUAUCAGAAAGGCCCGUUCCAGGGCUCGUUCGGGCGUCAUGUGGGGAGGCACGGAGAUGCGAAGGUUUCUUCUUGGAGAGCUGCCAUGACACAAGCUGGUGGAGUCUCCGGUUGGCACUUCAGGGGCCAAGACGAUCAGAGAGAAAUGUCGCUGUUGAUUCAAAACCUCGUCCGCAGAAUUAUGGAUGAACUGAACAAUGUUCCGCUCAACGUGGCUCCGAUCCUCGUCGGACUGGAUUCUCACAUCGAGCAACUCCUCAGUGUGUUGAGCGUCAAAUCCGGCGGUGUCAAGUUUCUUGGAUUGCACGGGUUCGGCGGUGUUGGCAAAACCACCCUUGCCAAAUUGCUCUACAACAAGCUCGUCGCGCACUUUGAGAAACGCAGCUUCAUCGCAGACAUCAGAGAAGCUUUCAUGCGGGGCGAUGGCUCGAUCUCUCUCCAGGACAAGAUCCUACGCGAUCUCUCGCCCAAUAUGCCACCUUUGAAUGAUGCCACUUCUCACAAGAAUGCGAUCAGGCAAGCCCUUAGCGAAAUGCGAGUCCUCCUCCUCUUGGAUGACGUCGACGACGCCAGUCAGCUCAACAUGUUGAUCAGCGGUAAAGAAUGGUUCCACGAGGGAAGUCGAAUCAUAAUCACGACCAGAAAUAGAGAAGCUUUGGUCGCAAGAAACUUUGAGAUUGAGCUUUACGAGGUGCGAGAGCUGUCCUCCGAAGAUGCGUUGCGUCUGUUCAGCUACCAUGCAUUGAAGAGAGAGAAGCCAAUGGAUGAAUUCAUGGCGCUGUCCAAGCAAAUCGUGUCUCUGGCCGGGAAUUUGCCGUUGGCUUUGGAGGUGUUCGGCUCUUUUCUGGUCGACAAGAGGAGGAAAAUCGAAUGGGAAGACGCGGUGCAGAAGCUGAAACAGAUUCGCCCUAAUAAUCUCCAGGACACGAUGAAGAUCAGCUACGAAGGGCUCGACGAGGAGACCAAGCGCAUAUUCCUCGACGCAGCUUGCUUAUUUGUUAAGACGCAUAUGACGAGAGAGGAAGCAAUAGAAAUAUGGGAAGGUUGCGGCUUCACGGCUGAGGUUGGGCUCAGAGUUCUUGUCUCGAGAUCACUUAUCAAGAUCAUGAAGGACGACGGUACGCUGUGGAUGCACGAUCAGCUUAGGGACAUGGGGAGAGAGAUCGUGUUACUCGAGAAUGCUCGUGAUCCCGGCGCACGCAGUCGACUGUGGGAUCGCAAGGAAAUCUUGGCUGUCUUAAAAAAUGGAUCAGGGACAAGGAACAUAGAGGGGAUCGUCCUGGACUACCAACAUAAGCCGUUUGUGACGGACCCUAGCAGCGAGAGACUGUCACGAGACAAUUUCAUGAGAACGCCCAAUCUCGCUUCCGCCAUUCAAUGUUUACAAGAGAUGUUCAGGAAAUUUUUUGAUUCUGGAGCAGACAGUGAGAACGAGGCGGUGCUUCGUGCUGAGUACUUUAAACCAAUAAUUAACCUGAGACUGCUUCAAAUUAAUCAUGCCAAAUUGGAAGGGAAAUUCAGGUUCCUGCCUCAGUCGCUGAAAUGGCUGCAAUGGAAAGAAUGUCCCUCGACCAUUCUUCCUUCUGAUUUUUUACCACGAGAUUUGGCGGUCCUCGAUCUGGCAAGCAGCAAGAUUGAACGCUUGUGGAAAGCCAACAGUAAUAAGGCUGGGGAGAACUUAUUGGUUAUAAAUCUUCGUGGCUGCUGUAAUCUUGCUAGUAUUCCAGAUUUAUCAGCAAGUCGAAGCUUGAAAAAACUUGUUCUCGAGCGGUGCACGAGAUUGACCCAAGUUCCCGAGUCAAUCGGAAGUCUGAAUGCUCUGGUGCACCUAAACCUUGAAGGAUGUUCAAAGCUUGUUGGACUCCCAAAAGACGUAACCGGGCUCAAGAAUCUGGAAGAACUCAUUCUCUCCGGUUGUGCAAAUUUGAAAGAACUACCAGAGGAUAUAGAGAGCAUGGAAUCUUUGAAGUUACUUCUCCUCGAUAGAACUCCUAUAAAAAGUUUGCCCGAAAAGAUAUUCCACCUCACAAAACUUGAGAAGCUUCAUCUAAAUCAGUGCACUUCUUUGAAAAAGCUACCCAAUCACAUUGGAAUGAUGGCUUCUCUCAGAGAACUCACUCUUAAUGAUACUGGAAUAGAGAAGCUACCUGAUUCGGUGCGGUCAUUGCGGAAACUUGAGUUGUUGAGCCUUAUGAGGUGCGUCUCACUGACUGAACUUCCUGAAUUUGUUGGCGACUUAGAAUCGUUGAAAGAAUUGUUCAUUGAUGGAAGUAAAAUCAGAGAACUGCCUGCUUCCAUCGGUUCUUUGCUGUACCUAAAGACCCUUUCGAUUGGAGAUUGUCAGUUUUCAAGGCAUUGUCCUGACUCAAUUAAAGGAUUGCAUUCGCUCACAGAGCUUAGUCUAGGUGGACCGUCAAUCACAAGUCUACCGGCUCAACUCGGAGCUCUGAAGAUGCUUAGAAGGUUGGAAAUCCGGGAUUGCGAAUCACUUGAAAGCUUACCAGAAUCGAUCGGAAGCUUGUGGAAUCUCACUACCAUGAUCCUUUACAAAGUGAACAUAACAGAGCUUCCGCAGUCGAUAGGAAAUUUGGAAAAUGUCGUCAUGAUGAGGCUUAACAACUGUAAACGUCUCUGCAAGCUUCCGCCAUCCAUGGGCAAAUUGAGAUCAUUGUACCACCUGAUCAUGGAGGAGACCGCAGUAACAGAAUUACCAGAAACCUUCGGGAAGCUCUCAAAGUUAGUGAGGUUGAAAAUGGGCAAGAAACCGCGUUCCACGGUUAUUCCUGAGGGCAACACAGAGACAGAGAAUCAAGAUCUGAUUACAGAGGAAAUUCCUGGGUCGAUGCUUCCAUCUUCAUUAUCGAAUCUAUCUUGGCUUGAAGAUUUGAAUGCCCGUGCUUGGUACAUGCAUGGAAAAGUUCCUGAUGAUUUCGAGAAGUUGGUAUCGCUAGAAACUCUAAAUCUAGGAUACAAUAACUUGACGAGCCUUCCCACGAGCCUGAAGGGACUUUCCGUCCUUAAGGAGCUUCUGCUACCUCACUGUAAGGAGAUCAAGUCUCUUCCGCCUCUUCCAUCGAGUUUGGUAGUGGUUAAUAUCGCAGGCUGCGUGGCAAUGGAGACAGUCUCUGAUCUGUCUGAAUUGGAAAACUUGCAAGAGCUGAACAUGGCGAAUUGUGAGAAAGUGGUGGAUGUUCCAGGACUUCAGUGCUUGAAAUCCUUGAGAAGGCUAUACCUGACUGGAUGCCAUGCGUGUUCCUCGGUAGUAAAGAGGAGAAUUUCUAAGGUUUCUUUGAGGAAUUUACGCGUUCUCAGUAUGCCAGGGAGUGAAAUUCCAGAUUGGCUAAAUGAAGAGGAAGUGAGCUACACGGUACGCAAAAACCGCACGCUCAAGGCUGUUCUCAUAGGUGUAGUCGUUGCCAUCACCAGUGACUUCCCAGAAUCUUUGAGAGAUCAUAUUCCCACACUCGUGGAUAUCCAGGCAAAUAUACUCAAAAUGAACACGCCUAUCUUCAGCACCACAUUGCCAUUGAAGGGAGUUCCUAAAUUAGACGAAGAUCAGGUUCAUUUGUGCCGGUUCUUGGAUUUUCAUCCGCUGGUUUCCAAGUUGAAAGAAGGGUACAAAGUUCAGGUGGCAAAGCGGAACCCACCAUUCAUUCCCGGAAUGCAGCUGAAGAAAUGCGGGGUACGUCUGAUUUUCGAGAGAGACGAUGAAUUUGAAGGAGAUGAGCAGCAACUAGAUGAUGGCUACCAGUCCUUAUCCGAAAAGCUUGCCCGGUUUUUCAACAGUCUGUAUCGUGGCAUAUUUGUCCUACAAGCAAAAGUUCAGCAUCGAUUCAACCCUCCCCAGAAAAAAAAGAUGGAGAACGACGUCGCUGCAUCUACUCAACCAGAUCUGAGGCUGAAGUGGGACGUGUUACUGAGCUUCCGAGGAGCAGACACGCGCAGACCCUUCAUCGGCCCUCUCUACGACGCGCUCCGAAGCAAAAACAUCCGGGCCUUCCGCGAUAACGAGGGCAUGAACCGGGGCGACCAGAUCUCGCCGAGCCUACUGGCGGCGAUCGAGGACUCCGCCAUGGCGAUCGUGGUGAUAUCGCGGAACUACGCGACCUCGAGCUGGUGCUUGGAAGAGCUGGCGAAGAUAUGCGAGUGCGGGAAGCUGAUGAUCCCGGUGUUCUACGGGGUCGAGCCCUCGGACGUGAGGUAUCAGAAAGGGCCGUUCGAGGGCUCGUUCGGGCGUCAUGUGGGGAGGCACGGAGAUGCGAAGGUUUCUACUUGGAGAGCUGCCAUGAGACAAGCUGGUGGAGUCUCCGGUUGGACCUUCAGGGCCCAAGACGAUCCGAGAGAAAUGUCGCUGUUGAUUCAAAACCUCGUCCGCAGAAUUAUGGAUGAACUGAACAAUGUUCCGCUCAACGUGGCUCCGAUCCUUGUCGGACUGGACUCUCGCAUCGAGCAACUCCUCAGUGUAUUGAGCGUCAAAUCCGGCGGUGUCAAGUUUCUUGGAUUGCACGGGUUCGGCGGUGUUGGCAAAACCACCCUUGCCAAAUCACUCUACAAUAAGCUCGUUGCGCACUUUGCGAAACGCAGCUUCGUCGCGGACAUCAGAGAAGCUUUCAUGCGCGGCGAUGGCUCGAUCUCUCUCCAGGACAAGAUCCUACGCGAUCUCUCGCCCAAUAUGCCACCUUUGAAUGAUGCCACUUCUCACAAGAAUGCGAUCAGGCAAGCCCUUAGCGAAAUGCGAGUCCUCCUCCUCUUGGAUGACGUCGACGACGCCAGUCAGCUCAACAUGUUGAUCAGCGGUAAAGAAUGGUUCCACGAGGGAAGUCGAAUCAUCAUCACGACCAGAAAUAGAGAAGCUUUGGUCGCAAGAAACUUUGAGAUUGAGCUUUACGAGGUGCGAGAGCUGUCCUCCGAAGAUGCGUUGCGUCUGUUCAGCUACCAUGCAUUGAAGAGAGAGAAGCCAAUGGAUGAAUUCAUGGCGCUGUCCAAGCAAAUCGUGUCUCUGGCCGGGAAUUUGCCGUUGGCUUUGGAGGUGUUCGGCUCUUUUCUGGUCGACAAGAGGAGGAAAAUCGAAUGGGAAGACGCGGUGCAGAAGCUGAAACAGAUUCGCCCUAAUAAUCUCCAGGACACGAUGAAGAUCAGCUACGAAGGGCUCGACGAGGAGACCAAGCGCAUAUUCCUCGACGCAGCUUGCUUAUUUGUUAAGACGCAUAUGACGAGAGAGGAAGCAAUAGACAUAUGGGAAGGUUGCGGCUUCAAGGCUGAGAUUGGGCUCAGAGUUCUUGUCUCGAGAUCACUUAUCAAGAUCAUGAAGGACGACGGUACGCUGUGGAUGCACGAUCAGCUUAGGGACAUGGGGAGAGAGAUCGUGUUACUCGAGAAUGCUCGUGAUCCCGGCGCACGCAGUCGACUGUGGGAUCGCAAGGAAAUCUUGGCUGUCCUCAAAAAUGGAUCAGGGACAAGGAACAUAGAGGGGAUCGUCCUGGACUACCAACAUAAGCCGUUUGUGACGGACCCUAGCAGCGAGAGACUGUCACGAAACAAUUUCAUGAGAACGCCCAAUCUCGCUUCCGCCAUUCAAUGUUUACAAGAGAUGUUCAGGAAAUUUUUUGAUUUUGGAGCAGACAGUGAGAACGAGGCAGUGCUUCGUGCUGAGUACUUUAAACCAAUAAUUAACCUGAGACUGCUUCAAAUUAAUCAUGCCGAAUUGGAAGGGAAAUUCAGGUUCCUGCCUCAGUCGCUGAAAUGGCUGCAAUGGAAAGAAUGUCCCUCGACCAUUCUUCCUUCUGAUUUUUUACCACGAGAAUUGGCCGUCCUCGAUCUGGCAAGCAGCAAGAUUGAACGCUUGUGGAAAGCCAACAGUAAUAAGGCUGGGGAGAACUUAUUGGUUAUAAAUCUUCGUGGCUGCUGUAAUCUUGCUAGUAUUCCAGAUUUAUCAGCAAGUCGAAGCUUGAAAAAACUUGUUCUCGAGCGGUGCACGAGAUUGACCCAAGUUCCCAAGUCAAUCGGAAGUCUGAAUGCUCUGGUGCACCUAAACCUUGAAGGAUGUUCAAAGCUUGUUGGACUCCCAAAAGACGUAUCCGGGCUCAAGAAUCUGGAAGAACUCAUUCUCUCCGGUUGUGCAAAUUUGAAAGAACUACCAGAGGAUAUAGAGAGCAUGGAAUCUUUGAAGUUACUUCUCCUCGAUGGAACUCCUAUAAAAAGUUUGCCCGAAAAGAUAUUCCACCUCACAAAACUUGAGAAGCUUCAUCUAAAUCGGUGCACUUCUUUGAAAAAGCUACCCAAUCACAUUGGAAUGAUGGCUUCUCUCAGAGAACUCACUCUUAAUGAUACUGGAAUAGAGAAGCUACCUGAUUCGGUGCGGUCAUUGCGGAAACUUGAGUUGUUGAGCCUUAUGAGGUGCGUCUCACUGACUGAACUUCCUGAAUUUGUUGGCGACUUAGAAUCGUUGAAAGAAUUGUUCAUUGAUGGAAGUAAAAUCAGAGAACUACCUGCUUCCAUCGGUUCUUUGCUGUACCUAAAGACCCUUUCGAUUGGAGAUUGUCAGUUUUCAAGGCAUUGUCCUGACUCAAUUAAGGGAUUGCAUUCGCUCACAGAGCUUAGUCUAGGUGGACCGUCAAUCACAAGUCUACCAGCUCAACUCGGAGCUCUGAAGAUGCUUAGAAGGUUGGAAAUCCGGGAUUGUGAAUCACUUGAAAGCUUACCAGAAUCGAUCGGAAGCUUGUGGAAUCUCACUACCAUGAUCCUUUACAAUGUGAACAUCACAGAGCUUCCGCAGUCGAUAGGAAAAUUGGAAAACGUCGUUAUCAUAAGGCUUAACAAAUGUAAACGUCUCUGCAAGCUUCCGCCAUCCAUGGGCAGUUUGAGAUCAUUGUACCACCUGAUGAUGGAGGAGACCGCAGUAACAGAAUUACCAGAAACCUUCGGGAUGCUCUCAAAGUUAGUGAGGUUGAAAAUGGGCAAGAAACCGCGUUGCGCGGUUAUUCCUGAGGAAAUUCCUGGGUCGAUGCUUCCAUCUUCAUUAUCGAAUCUCUCUUGGCUAGGAGAAUUGAAUGCCCGUGCUUGGUACAUGCGUGGAAGAGUUCCUGAUGAUUUCGAGAAGUUGGUAUUGCUAGAAACUCUAAAUCUAGGAUACAAUAACUUGACAAGCCUUCCCACAAGCCUGAAGGGACUUUCCGUCCUUAAGGAGCUUCUGCUACCUCACUGUAAGGAGAUCAAGUCUCUUCCGCCUCUUCCAUCGAGUUUGGUAGUGGUUAAUAUCGCAGGCUGCGUGGCAAUGGAGACAGUCUCUGAUCUGUCUGAAUUGGAAAACUUGCAAGAGCUGAACAUGGCGAAUUGUGAGAAAGUGGUGGAUGUUCCAGGACUUCAGUGCUUGAAAUCCUUGAGUAGGCUAUACCUGACUGGAUGCCAUGCGUGUUCCUCGGUAGUUAAGACGAGAAUUUCUAAGGUUUUUUUGAGGAAUUUACGCGUUCUCGGUGCGCCAGGGAGUGAAAUUCCAGAUUGGCUAAACGAAGAAAAAGUGAGCUACACGGUACGCAAAAACCACACGCUCAAGGCUGUUCUCAUAGGUGUAGUCGUUUCCAUCACCAGUGACUUCCCAGAAUCUUUGAGAGAUCAUAUUCCCACACUUGUGGAUAUCGAGGCAAAAAUACUCAAAAUGAACACGCCUAUCUUCAGCACCACAUUGCCAUUGAAGGGAGUUCCGAAAUUAGACGAAGAUCAGGUUCAUUUGUGCAGGUUCUUGGAUUUUCACCCAUUGGUUUCCAAGUUGAAAGAAGGGUACAAAGUUCAGGUGGGAAAGCGGAACCCAUCAUUAAUUCCCGGAAUGCAGCUGAAGAAAUGUGGGGUACGUCUGAUUUUCGACAGAGACGAUGAAUUUGAUGGAGAUGACCAGCAACUAGAUGAUGGCUACCAGUCUUUAUCCGAAAAGUUUGCCCGGUUUUUCAACUGUCUGUGUUAGCCAGCCAGUUCGCUUUGGUUUAAAGUAAGCCUCUGGAAAAUGGAAGCAGAAAACGGUGCCUAAGAUUGAAGAGAAAGGGAACGAGCUUGCUCCUGUCAAUUGAAGUUUCAUUCCUAGAAAUGUAAUCUGAAAAUACCAGAAGCUUCUUUGUAGACUUGUAAUGAAGACGAACUAGAUGUUGUCUGGGUCCGCCUUAUAUGUGGGGCCGAGCUGACAAAUAAAACAAAAAAAAAACAAAAAGUCAAAAAACAAAAAAAAAAGGAAAAAGGAAAAGAGCAGCUUCCUGCGAGAGGUGAGCCCCAAGAAGAGAGAAAAAAAAGAAUGAGAGAGAGUGCCCUCACCAUGAGGUGCACGAAGGAAAGAAGGGAAAGAAGAUUGCGGCUCCCGAUUCGAAAGCCAAACGUUGACGGAAUUGGUUCAAAUUUCAGUAUGUUGUGCAUGAGACCGAGGGCUACGAGUUGAUUGAUUUCAUUGAUUAAGAACUUUCUCCGAAUUCUCCAAUCGCGGUUAAGGUUUUUUGCUUUAUUUAUGUUAAUCCAUCUUUGGUGAUGAAAUACUGUUGUAUUGUUAUUCUUGAGCCUCUAGUGUGUGAAUCGAGAAGAACACCUGGUGUAUUCUACUAUUCUUUGUCAUUAGAAGUUUUUGGGCCGUUUGUGAUUUUUCCCGCA